AUGCGUCUCAGGUUCCUCUAUUAUUCGGACUGGCAUCGCGAGCAUCCAGUAAUCGGAAGAAUGCGUCUUGACGGCACCGAAAAUAUUCCGUUUGUUAACACUGAUAUUCAUUUACCGAAUGGAUUAGCAGUUUUAUUGGAAAGACGCGAACUGUGCUGGGUUGAUGCUGGCCUGCAACGAUUGUCUUGCAUUGGCUUGGAUGGUCGCAAUCGCCGAAUUGUAUUUGCACCACUACAGUAUCCCUUCGGCUUAACUGUACACAACGAGCAGCGCUUUUACUGGACCGAUUGGAGCGAGUAA